AUGGUGUCAACUUUGGGCACUCAUUCUUUCAGUUUGCUUGGGUCUUUCAAUGUUCCCCCAGAUACCCGUCUGGUCAAGGGCGCUUGCAAUCCUGAGAAGGAUCUUGCACUUUUAAUCCAUCGCUCCGAGCCUAGAAACACAAUUUCACUCUGGAAACUCCAAGGGGUGAAACGUUGGGAGAUUGAUGUGAUAGCCAACUUUGAUCAAGUUGGAUCAAUACGACACAUAGCUUGGAGCCCUGAUGGAAGCAAGUUCGCCGUGAGCCACCAUGUGAAGAGACUCACGGUCCACUCCCUUCUUGACGGCUGCGAAGAAUUUAGAUAUACUGAGACCACCAUUGGGGAGCAAGCAAAACCUGGUCAGAAGAUUGCCGCACUGACAUGGAUCAAAAUGCCAUGGACGCACUUUUGGAACACCGACAUCUCAAAACAGCCUCCAUCUCAACUAUAUCGACGAGGAUACGAUGAUCCAGGUUCUGCUCUAUAUCUCUUGAGGGCAUUACCUGAACUGGAUUACAAGGAGCCUCUUGUGGAGAAGCCAAGUCCAACCGAGCUUUCCUCGAGUCAUCGUGCACCGAGACUCAUCUUAUCUCUUCCGGCGCACAAUUGGCCGUCACUCUUUCCGAAUCCCUCAGCCGCAUCGAUUGCCGCAGAGUCUGUCUUACCGAACGAAUCGUCCACGCAAACAGAUUCGAAUAAGAUCUGGUACAGUCUUCAAAGCAACACUUGUCUCUUCGCUGGGGAUAGCCACGGCAGUCUCUACCCAUUUCUACAUGGAACAUACGCAACAGGCGCGAUCGAAUCCAAGCCCACCUUUUCAAGCGUAUCAAGUAUUGUCACCGCAAAACAGUGUGCCUACUUCUCAAAACUCUCGAGCCAUGCAGAAGGAGUCAUGCUAGACCUGCAUGAGCUGGACGAUCAAGAGUAUCAGAUUAGAAGUGUCCUAAGGAUAUCGAGUGCCACGAAGGAGCUCGUUCUGUAUGCUGCCCGAAACAUCGAGGAAGCAAGGAUCGCCUGGUCCGGAGGUGGUGGUCGCGAAGGCGCGAGAGAUCAAAACGAGAAGUGGUGUCGUAUGCUCGAGACUAUGCAGGCUCGGCAGGACCCUCCGAAAGUCAAGGGAGCCAAAGCCGACUUGAUGAACCUGCUGAUGAUUGGGAUUCCUCUCACUACAUGUCUAUCUGAUCAUCUGCAAAAUGGGAGCCAGACCACUGAACGAAACUUUAAGAAGUGGAAAAGUACCGUGGGAGAUACUUUGUCUCACAUCAAGCGCGUCAUUGAGCUGUCUUCCGUUGCUAUCCAAAGGACUGUGAUACUACUCAGGGACCUACAGGGACUGGCAGAAAUGGAUGAUGUAGCUCGACACUUUCUUCUUAACCGCAGCGCAAUCCAAGAAUGCAUCGACGCUGCAGAGACCACUUUAGAAACGUUAUCUCUCUUGGUUGAGACAAUCAGACGAGAGAAUAGAGGAUUCCAUCACUUUAUGAUAUGGUUACGAGGGUUAAUUCCCAAUCUUCCGCCACAAGAGUAUCCUCAAAAGGCAUACGAUGUAAUAGUCGUAAACGACUAUAUCUCGAACGGACUCUUUCCUAGCGCGAUUGAUCCCUUCUUCUCGCCACCACUGGAGCUAGCCACUCGGGAAACAGAAACAAAGCCAGCACCAGGGACGCUGAUUAUGGUGGCGACAGAUGCACGAGAGUACCUAAAGCGCCUCAAAGAGAGACGCAAAAACGACGCACAAACGCUACCACAAGCAUCACAUCAACAGCUCUCGACGCAGUGUAGCAUCGGAUAUCUCGUUUCUGAGCUCGGAAGCAAAUGCAAUCUAAUGUUCCAAAACAUCGCGUCGGCUAUCACCUCUGUUGAACGCCGAACCGUUGACGGAGCGUCGGUCUCGAGGCUGGGAGAUUGCGGGUUGUAUGUCCGCAGGUUCACUGAAUGGAAGUCUCUCAUGCUUCCUCCGGGUGUCAAGCAGAGUCUGUUUCGAGAAGAGAGCCUUCAAAUCAUGGGACCGCAGGACACACUACUACGCGAAACGAUAGUCACCAGCGACACAGGUGCGCGUCAAUACAUUCUUUUGCGGUUACCUGUCUAUGGCGAUUCCAAGACAGUUCAAAAUCUUCACCCCAUGAAGCGUACACAAAGCAUUUUAGUCAUGCGUCUCAUUCACGAGCGAGACCCUGCACAUACCGUAGAGGUGGCUGCCGUGAUCUUCAGUCUAAUCCUUACAACAAAUGUGUCGAACGGAGAAUCAGAAGAAGCAAUAGAAGAGAGCUUUGCGAAGGAAUCUAUAGUGGCUGACGCCCUGGACGUCCAAUUCUACGAUGAUACCCAUUUCGCCAUUGUCCUACAAACAAAGAGCUCUGAUGCGGGGCGGAUAUUGGCAUUGGUGGACUAUGCAUCCGCGGCAUAUCAUGUGGUGAAGGGUUUUGAAGACGUGAUAGAUGUUGAGAAGGAUAUUAUAAGGCUCUUUAUGGACAGUACACAUCCCACUCGACCGAUCGAACUUGGCCGUUCAUGCAUUGUCCCUAGCCUCCGAGGGGGAGACAGUGUCUCCCUAUCGGUCAAUAGCAAACGUGGUGUCGCCCUGUUGCUCGAUCAUCAAGCUGGGAGAUGUCACGCAUACGACCUCACGAGCGAUGAAGGAAUGGACGAGACAAUCGACGACGGUCAAACUAGAGAUGAAACGAGCUCCACGGUCGACGAAGAAAACUCGAUGGUCAUGUAA